AUGCCUCGUCCCAAGAAGAGCUCUUCAGUGAGCAGAUCUCACCGUUCGACACUAUCUCUGUCCAAGACUGAGAUUACCAUUCAUGUUUAUGAUCUAUUGCCGGUAAGCGUCGUAAUCAACGGAAAGGAAUACGCAUAUGGUGGACAUGACAAGCGGGGCCUCACUGGCGUGUACUGGACAAAACCUAGGACCGAACCGCCUGGAGGCACAUUCCGAUGCGAGAUCCUUCACGGAUUCACUCUUGCGACCGAGCAAGAAAUUGAAGCGACUCUCCGAGCUGCUUCCGACGAGUUUCUUGGCACAUCGUACAAUCUCCUCACCAAGAACUGCAACCAUUUCACCUCAUACCUAUGCAAGCGGCUUACAGGACAAUCAGGCCCAGGGUGGUUGAAUCGUGCUGCUAGUAUUGGUGUCGCACUGCCCUGCGUCGUUCCUCGAGAGUGGAUUGAACCACCAGAGUAUGAUACGAGUGAAGGCGCGCUGCUGGAUGACUAUGACAAUUCGAACGAGAACACAGGCAUGCUCAAAGCAUCGAACCCUCAUUUGCUGACCGAUAGCAACGAUGACAGUGGGGAUGACGAUUGGAAUUCCGAGGAUGAGAGGAGACGCGGCGGCAGUGGUAAGGGUAAGCAAGCGCUCCGCGAUACCGCCGGACGACGUCUACCUCCUGCCGAGAGGGCUCUGCGAUGA